UCUUAAACAGACGCAGCCUGGUUUCUUAGACUCUGUUGUUGUUGUUGUUGCUAACGUUGUUAUUUAUAGGACCUGAGCUCUCGCUGCGGUGCCUCAUAUUCCCCAGUCGGCUCUGCUGACUCUUUAGACCACUAUUUAGACCACACAUAACUCUGGCAGACAGUUAAUCACACACAGCAACACUGUUUGUGUUUCCUCCAGCACAGCUAGCAUUAGCUAGCGGUCACACAGCGGAGCUAGCAGGCUAGCCGCGGAGCAGUGAUGGAGUGGCUGGGUAACGGAGCUCCAGAUGAAGAGCCGAGCAGCGACCCAGCUUCAACAGCCAACGGCUUCAGCGGUGUUUAUCCUCACCAGCAGUGUACUUUACACCAGUCACCAUCAUUACACCUUUGCGAUUGUGCCUUGGCGUCACUGUGCCAGAGCCAGCAGCGCUGUGUGAAGGCCUCCAUCGUCUCCAGCUGGAGGCUGGCUGAGGCCCAGGAUCAGCUCUGUUCUCUAGGCGUCCACAGCUCCGAGUCCUUGGAGCAGGAACGUGCUCGGACACUGGCCUGCCCCACCGAACUCACGCACACCGAGGAGGAGUGGCGCCGCAAGGAGAGCAUGCUGGGAGGUCAGGAACCCAGCCGCAGUCCUGUGCACGGAGCUGUCGGGAGUUGGGAUGUUUUCGAUAAGAGUAUUAUUAAUGUCCAAAGUCAGCCUGUAGAAACAGAUCAGGACAAGUGCAAGACAUUUCUCCAAAAAUAUGACCAAGAGCUCAGACAUUUUGGUAUGUUGCGGAGAUGGGACGACAGUCAGCGGUUUCUCGCAGAGAGGCCUCAGCUCAUCUGUGAGGAAACAGCCAACUACUUAAUUCUAUGGUGCAUGAGACUACAACAAGAAGGGAAAGAAGCCUUGAUGGAGCAGGUGGCACACCAAGCUGUAGUCAUGCAGUUCAUCUUGGAGAUGGCCUCGAACUCUCAGCAGGAUCCUCGAGGCUGCUUCAGACAGUUCUUCCAGAAAGCCAAAGAGGGACAAGAUGUCUACUUAGAAGUCUUCCAUACAGAGCUCGAGGCCUUCAAACACAGAGUGAGAGAAUACGCAGUCACGUCUAGAGGUGAUACACACAACAUCGAACAACAGGGAAGUGGCACAAACUGCAGACUUGGACCCAAAGAAGCUCUGGACUCGUUCUCUCCAGUGGCAGAGUAUCCUACGAAGCGUUGUUUAGAGACUGGACUGUGGACAAGCUCAGGGAGGUGGACAAAGGACGACGCAACAGAAACGGACGAUAUACGCAUGAUGGAGACCUCCUAGGGAUUGUAGGAUCGGCCCCUGCUUUUCCUCCAUCUUCAUCGCCUCCCCAUUUAGGAGCAACCUAAGUCCUCUUAACACAGCAGGCCUGGCUGAAACACACCAGUGCAGAGCAGGAAUAAAAGCAGACGUGACCAGUCUUUUGCGCUACAAGAAAUAAUGUUUUCCUGAUGACAAACAGUUCUCAGCUUUGAUUUUAUGCUGCUGUGGAGUUGGUUCCUGCAGUGCCGGCUAAAUGCAAGUGUUGUGCCAUAACGCUGGUUUUACAGAUAGAGUUCUUAUAUCCGUCAAGCUGGUUUCCUUUUAACUUCUCUUGGAAAAGAGAAACAACCAUACAAGGAAGCAAAACAAACUGACAAAAUGAAAAUCCAGACAACACAAAGAAUACUAAAACCAAUCGUCUUUGGGCAGAAAUGUACCAAAUCCAGUGCCUGAUGUAGGACUCAGGUCAGUGGACGUCUGAGGAGUUUUGUUGUAGCUGCUUGACAUGAAUUAUGAAAGCAUGACUGACAGGUCAGUGGCUUUGUGUCAUAUGUGGUGUAAGUUUUGGGUAAUGGUGAACAUUUCAUAGAAAUGACCAGUGAGACUAGAUGGUCUGUUAUACUGUGUUGGACAUUCGUUAAGGCAAAGUGUCUUAAGCUUUUAAAGCUACCUGACAUGUGCCAGAGUACAGUAGCCACUGAAACAGUGGUUGUGCAGCCGGUGUGAUAUGUUGAAUAAUUUCAUUCAUGAGGAAAAAAUGUGCAUAGGAUGCAGUUUAAGAGAAGGUGACGCUUUUGUGUUAUUUCUGGAAGGAAGAGAGAUCUCAGACAUGUUAUUCACAGUCAGUUGUCACACCUUUUUAGAUUUGGUUGAGACAUACAUGGUCUCACAUCGUUUAUCUUUUUUCCUUUGGUUACUGAAAGUGUAGCUCUGUGCAAAUAAAAAAAAAAAGCAGUUUGUGUUUAAUUGCAUAAUGUCUGAAUCUGUGAUGAAUACAGGAUACAAGUUGUGUGGUUGUCGAUUUCUGUUUUUUUGUUUUAAGUGAUUAAAGGGAACCACAAUAUGGAAUUGCAAA